GUCGUCGUUGUGUCAUCAUUGCUAUUUUAAUAACCCAAUCACUGUCACUCCCUUUUCUAACACUAAUAAACUCCAUCACUCUUCUUCUCAAUCUUACAGACGAACCUCUCUUCGUGCAAAUCGACGAUCCUUCUCUAUCUCUGCAACUAUGGCUUCAUCUACUAACAAGGUUUUAAUUCCCGUUGCGCAUGGUACGGAACCGUUUGAAGCGGUGGUGAUGAUCGAUGUUCUGCGUCGAGGCGGGGCGGAUGUGACGGUGGCGUCUGUCGAGAAUCAGGUCGGCGUUGAUGCAUGCCAUGGAAUCAAGAUGGUCGCCGAUACUCUUCUCUCUGAGAUUACUGACUCCGUUUUCGACCUUAUUAUGCUCCCUGGAGGACUUCCCGGCGGUGAGACUCUUAAGAACUGUAAACCUUUAGAGAAUAUGGUGAAGAAACAAGAUACUGAGGGACGACUUAACGCUGCUGUCUGUUGUGCGCCGGCAUUAGCGCUUGGUACUUGGGGUCUGCUAGAGGGUAAAAAAGCAACAUGUUACCCGGUUUUUAUGGAGAAACUGGCAACUUGUGCAACAGCUGUUGAGUCAAGAGUUGAAAUAGAUGGGAAGAUAGUGACCAGUAGAGGGCCUGGAACCACCAUGGAGUUCUCUGUCACGCUUGUGGAUCAACUUCUUGGGAAAGAGAAAGCUGUUGAAGUCUCAGGCCCCUUAGUGAUGCGUCCCAACCCUGGUGAUGAGUAUACAAUUACUGAGCUUAACCAAGUCAGCUGGUCGUCCAACGGUACCCCAAAGAUUCUUGUACCCAUUGCCAAUGGCUCGGAGGAGAUGGAAGCUGUUGCUAUCAUUGAUGUCCUGAGGCGGGCAAAAGCAGAUGUCGUUGUUGCUGCGCUUGGCAACAGUUUGGAAGUUGUCGCAUCUCGUAAAGUCAAGCUAGUGGCAGAUGUGCUUCUCGAUGAGGCUGAAAAGAAUUCAUACGAUCUGAUUGUGUUGCCUGGUGGUCUCGGUGGUGCUGAAGCAUUUGCAAGUUCAGAGAAGCUAGUAAGUAUGUUGAAGAAGCAGGCAGAAUCAAACAAACCGUAUGGAGCAAUUUGUGCCUCUCCUGCUCUGGUUUUUGAGCCGCAUGGUUUACUCAAGGGUAAGAAGGCAACAGCGUUCCCAGCAAUGUGCAGCAAACUGACGGACCAGAGUCACAUCGAGCAUAGAGUUUUGGUUGACGGCAAUCUCAUAACGAGCAGGGGUCCAGGAACCUCAUUGGAGUUUGCACUCGCAAUUGUAGAAAAGUUUUACGGGCGCGAGAAAGGACUUCAGCUUGCAAAGGCAACACUUGUGUAAACUCUUGCGUAUCUUAGGUAAGAGUGACCUUAAUAAGAAAGAAGGCUUUAGUAUCAAAAUAUCAAUGAGUGAACCUUUGUUGUGGUGAGCUUUGUACGAGUAUGAUGCUUAAUAAUGUCUUAUAAAUAAAUGAGGUUACUCUGUGUUCA